AUGCUGCAAGAAGUGGCAGGGAUUGCUACGGCCCAGAACAAGACAGUCAAAAUGGAAGACCUGAGUUUGGGCGGUGAAGAUUUGUCUGGCCUAUUUGAUUACAGUUCUUAUGACUACACUGGAAUUCCUACCCAUGCAGCAGCCCCCUGCAGAUCCGACAGUAACUCAGCUGUGCUGAAGUACUUUGUGGCAUUCUUCUAUGUCCUGGUAUGUCUUCUGAGCCUGGUGGGGAACUCCUUGGUGGUGCUGGUGAUCACCUACAACAAAGGAAACCACUCUGUUACGGACGUGUAUCUGCUGCACCUAGCCAUAGCUGAUUUGCUCUUUGCGCUCACCUUGCCAAUCUGGGCUACUUUCCGAGCUCAUGAAUGGAUCUUUGGCAAUGUCAUGUGCAAAGCCACUUCAGUCCUGAAGGAAGUAAACUUCUACAGUGGUGUCCUCCUGUUGGCCUUUAUCAGCAUUGACCGUUACCUGGCAAUAGUUUAUGCUACACACGCAGUCACUGAGAAAAGGCAUUGGGUCAAAUUUGUCUGCUUUGGCAUCUGGCUUUUUUCUUUCCUUAUUUCCUUCCCUAUGGUUGUCUUCCGUAAUGCUUUCCGACAUAACUCCUCUUCAGAAAUGGUUUGUUAUGAGGAUAUCCAAGGGGAGAAAACAUCUGAAUGGAGGGUGAUAUUGAGAAUCCUUCCACAAGUAUUUGGGUUCAUCAUCCCUUUGAUCAUCAUGUUCUUUUGCUAUGGCGUGACAGUACACAGACUCUUCCAGACUAAGAACAGCCAAAAGACUAAAGCAAUGAAAGUCAUCAUAACCAUAGUGGUGGUCUUCCUGCUCUGUUGGCUGCCCUACAAUAUCUCUCUUCUUGCUGACACCCUGAUGAGGAUCAACGUUAUUGGCGAAACCUGUGACCGUCGUAAAAGCAUUGAUGUUGCAAUUUCAAGCACCGAAAUCCUGGGAUUUGCUCACAGCUGUAUAAACCCUAUCAUAUAUGCCUUUAUAGGGCAAAAGUUCCGGAACAACUUCCUUAAAAUCUUGGCCACACGAGGUAUCAUCAGUAAAACUGCCCUGUCACGGUACAGGAAGGGAUCUGCCUCUUCUACCUCUGGUAUUACUUCGACAACCCUCUAA